UCCUCUGAUAUCAAAUCCUUACUUUCUUCUCCCUUUUGUUUGUGAUCUUAAUCAUCUUUCUCAGCAAUACUUCAUAGAUAGAUUGCUAUGGCCAUUCGUUUGCCUCAUAUCAUAAAUGCUAAGAACAUUCUCCGGCGAUCAAACUCAUCUGGAAAGCAAGUUGCUUCAACAUCUAUAUAUGUUCCAAAAGGCAACGUUGCAGUAUAUGUUGGAGAGAGCGAAAAGAGGCGCUUCAUAAUUCCUAUAUCAUUCUUGAACCAGCCUUCUUUUUUAGAAUUGCUAAGUAAGGCUGAGGAAGAAUUUGGGUAUGAUCAUCCAAUGGGUGGUCUCACAAUUCCUUGCAGUGAAGACAUCUUCAUUGAUUUUACUUCUCGCUUACAUGAAUUGUGAUAUGGCACCACUUAGAUAAAACAGUAGAAGCAAUUUUGUAAAUCCAUAUAAAUUCUUUAUUUCUUAUAGGCUGAAGAGAUGGGGAUUGCCUAUCCAUUAAAGAUGUUACAAAUAGAAUUACUGCAGUCCCUGUCACAUUCUCCCAAGAAAUGUAAAAUUGAGACACCUAUUAGUUGAAAUUGAUCCUCUUUUGAUUC